GUGAGCCGUAUGCGUUUUGUUCACUGUUCAGUGUUUUACUAUCAAUUCCAAGCGGUUCCUCGUGUGACUCGUUUAAUCCAUGUUCUGUCGCGUCCUAGCAGCAGUCCGUUAAGUGUAAAUCGCUAACGUACUAUUCCGGUCGUCUUUUCGGCGAUCGCCAACCGCAUUGGUAUUUAUUUUUUUUCACUCUCCAGUUAUUGUCGUUUGAUCGUCUGCACGUCGUCGUUUGCUAUUCGCCGGGCUCUCAGUAUUAACCGUCCGUAUCGCACGUGUUGUACGCGACCGAAAAUUGUCGUCGUCCUUCCCCCCCUACCCGUUUUACGGUUAUAGUAGUAGUAGGAAGUAACCGUAGCAGUAGCGUUGUCACAGCUAUAGCGGACACGAUUACCGCCGAAACGGUCAAUUGUGGAUGAGAAAGAGUCCCGUCGCCGACAGGUUGCAAUUUUACGCGUGCCCAUCCAGACUUCAUCGUCGGCGCAGUCGUUACUAUAUCGUACAGAUAAUAUCGUUCGUCGACUUUCUACGCACCAUUCAAAAUGGAUCAAGAAGGUAAUGGUAGAAGGAGAAGCUCAAGGUUAGCUGCAAAGGGCGUAGUGACUACACCAAAAUCAGAAAAUAUUGUAAAAAAAACCUUAAAGACUUCUGAAAAACCAAAACGAUCAAAACGUAAGACAACUGAAGAAACAAUUGAAUUGCCUGAAGCUAAAAAAACUAAAACUGAAGAUAACGCAUCUUCUGAUAAGGUUGAUAAUCCAGGAGAAAAUGAAAUAAAAGAGGAAACUAAUGAUACCACUUGUUUCGAAACUAAAGUUGAUUGUAAAAUAAUAGACACGGAAAAAGAAUUAUCUGGUGUGUCAUCAUUAAAUGCUGAUAAUGUUGAAACCAAUGUGUCACCACCAUCUGAAGUAGAAAAAAAAGAUUUACCAACUGUUGAGGAGAAGACUGAUGCACCACUUGAAGAUUCUAAAAAUCAAAAAGUUGUUGAAAAACCUACAGUCACUAACGAUGAAAAAGAAAAAGAUAAUAUGUCAGUUGAAAUUGAAGAUAAAAAACCUGAAAUUGCAGAAGAAAUUAUUAAAAUGAAAGAUCCUGAAGUAACUGAAAAACCGAAAAAUGAUGUAUCUCAAGAUGAGCCUAAACAAGAACCAGUAGCUUUGGAAAAUAGCAAUGGUGAAAACAAUGAAAAAAAAAUUGAGUCAGUGGAAGAAAUCGUAAAUAAUGAUAUUGGAUUUUGUGUAGCAACUAAAGAUGAUAUUGUAACACCAAAUGGAGAUACUGAUGAGCAAGUCAAGUCUACAAACGGUGAUCAAUCAAUCGUAGAAAAAGAAGCCAUAGAACCUAUUAAAGUUCUUAAUGAUGACACUAACCAUGUUGAAACAGAUUUAAAAGCUGUAACUACUACAACUGCCAUCACCACCAACAAUGACGUACCAAUUGUUGAAGAAGUCGAAAAGGAGCUCGAUAAAGCUACUGACAAUGUAGUUGAUAAUAUUAGUGCAUCAGCUGAUGACAAUGCACCAAAUGUGGACCAGUUAUCAACAGUUGUGUCCUAAUUUUUGCCAUUAUUCGUUUUAUAAUGAAGAACAUUUAGACUUGCAUUGACUUUCUACUGAUAUUUUAUAACCGUGCUCAGUAGUUAACAUAUUCUUAUUUUGUUUCUUUCCUUUUAAUUAUUUAUAAUUUUUUUAAAUAAAGAUUGUAGUAAAUAUUUGGAAAUUUAUAUAUGUUAAUUGUACUUUGCCAAAUGGCCAUCACGAAAACUCUUCAUUUUUUUAUGUA